AUGAGUUUCCUGGAGCUGCUUCGCGAGGGCCGCUUGUGGUGGAGCGCUGCUGAUUGCACUGGUUUCAGUUGGGCCACAGUUCUCCUACUACUUUGCUUUGCCUUUUGGUUGGGAAUCAUCUGCGGUUUUUUUCUCAGUGCUGUGAUCUUUAGCCCUGGGUGCCGCAAGCUGCUGGUGGUUGCUCUGCAGACCCUGAUUUCAUUACUCUCUCCAGGUGGUUUGGUUCAGGAUCGAGCUCUAGCUGUGCGAUCUCGACUGGCGGGAAGCUUCUCCUUCUUCGGCCUCCUCCUUGGUGCGGUUCCUGCUGUGUGGUCGGCCGAGUGGGUUCGAGCAGUGCUUGGUGCCAAGGGGCCUGAGGAUUACGAGGGGAUCAACCUAGCUCCCAUGAGUCACUUAGCCUGUCGCCUGCGAAGUCAGGCGCGCUCUGGGUGGACUCCAUUGCGGAGGUUGGGCCGGGCCCUGCGAGCUGGUCUUUCUGCUAGAGAUUGCCUGCGGAAUCCACACCCUACUGCAGUGGUGCGCUCUCCGAGUCUGGAAUUUAAAAAUCUGGUUUUCGUGGUGCUUCGUGGUGGACCUCAAGGACGUGCUGGGUGGACCAAAAGUCCUGAGAUCUAUUUCCGGGCCGUUGGUGGGCCUGGUGUACCCUUUGACAUCAGCAGCGUGUCCCACGCCUUUCCAUCAGAAGUGGAAGCUGAGGAGAUCGAGGCCCAGUUCCGUGCAGCCGGACCUGUGGGCACGUUCUUUUACUUUGCUGCAACUACUCCUGACGGCACUCAGCUAUGGCAGGCUGCCACCUACGUGGCACGUAUACGUGCUGGAGGGUUGAUGUUUUGUCUGCCUGCAGAAGAGGAAGUGGUGCUGUUUUUCGAGGCUGGUGGAGGCGCACCAGAGGAGAUGUUUGUGACCUACCAGUGCGAGUGCCAGCUCGAAACUCCUCGGGGUCGCUCUCUUGGGGAGGCUGCAAUUUUGCUUGUGGAUUGCGGAUGGGGAGGCCUAGGUUUCUUCAGACGCCCUGGUCGAAGCAGUACCGGUGCCCUGAUCCGCUUCAAGGUUGGCGACACAGUGGGCAGACCUAUCAAGACCGCCCUCGAAGCCAGCACCGACCAGUGGGUCACAGAAGCAAUGGACGAGGACACUGCCGCCGAAUACAUGACCGGCAUUGGCGGGGAAGAAGGCGUGCCAGAUUUAGAUGGGGAGCCUUUGGACUCCGGAGUGGCGUCGCAAUUGCUGCAGCGUUUGGAGCAGCUGGAACGCCGUUUAGAUACUCUCA